GGCUUAACUACUGUCACAUCACAAUCUACUUGAAGAAAGGAAAGGAGGUGUAGGUUUUGCUGUGAAGUACACACUACUUAAGACAUUUUGACUGGCAUUACUUCGAGUCAAGAUGAACAAAACUAUUUUUGGAAUUGUAGCAGUUGCUGCAACCUUUAUGCUGGCUGAGGCCCUGACAUGUAACAAUUGCAAUUUUGGCCUGAUGGGUUUCUGCCUGACCCCCAGAAGUACUGUCUGCACAACCAACACAAGCACCUGCUUCACUGGAAAAGCCGCCUUCCCAUCCCUGCCUUCAUUCUCCGGCUUCAACUCCCAGGGCUGUAUGGAGAACGCUCUGUGCACAAACUCAACCAGUGGAACAAUCCUUGGUGCCACCUACACCAUAACCACGACCUGCUGCAACACCACCCUUUGUAACCCAGUCACGACCAGUGGUGCAGCCUCUGUCAAGCUCACCGUCACCACAGUUAUUGGCGCUGCCAUGGUGGCCUCAAUGUGGGGCUGCAUGCUAUAGUAGACCUAGAGAAACUAGGAUGACUAGAAGAAACAUCCUGAAUCUGUAAAAUAAGAAGACCCUCUUGGUUUUUUUUGAACACACUGCAGCUUGACUGUUUUUUUUCAUGUGCCACUGCUAUGUUGUCACCUCCUGCUCUCACGUUGUGUCUCAUUAGAUUCAAACAAUUAGCUAACAUUUUGCCAAAAAGCAUUAGUUUCAGAAUCCAUUAUAGAAAGUGUUCUUUUUCACAUUAUUUCUGUUUAAAAAUGUUAAUCUGCUAAUGUUUGGGAAAUAGAUCAGUGUAGUUUGGAAACUAACUUUAAAAUUCUCAGACCAUCUGCAUUUGUAUUUUUUAUAUAUAUAUAUUUAUACAAAAUGUCAAAAUGAUAGAAUGACAAUAAAGUAUCAAUGUUCCCUCAAGUCUCCCUUUCUGAAAGAACCAAAAUAUCUGUU